CAUUAAUUAAAUUAAUAAGAAGAAGAGAGAAUGGAAUAAUAAACUACUUACCAAGCUUAAUUAAAUUCUAUGUUGGAAUUGAAGAAUGUAUUUUUGAUAAAACCUCGUUGUAAAGAAUCUGCAGAUAUGAAGAUUGCAAUAGAUUAUUCUCCAAUGUAUAGUGAGUAAGUUUAAUUGUUAAGUUAAGAGUAUUAGGAUGUUAGCUAAAUACUGUGCCCAUAUUUAAUAAUGAUGGGGAGCCAUCUUAAAAUGGAUUCAUCCUUCAGAUAGAUUAGGUAUUUAAUUUAAAUAAUUAAAAGCCUGUGCAUUUAGCGAAUAGUAUUCACUAUAGAUGUCAAUUUGAGAAAAAAGUCUAAGAAGUUUAGGAAAAGAACAAGAAUUUAGUAAAUUUAUAAAGUAAAAUUUAAAGCUUUUCCCAAAACCAAAGGGAACUAAAAUCUAUUGUAAUAUUUGCAAAUUAUAUAUAGAGGAUUAUCUCUAAGUAAAUAUAAAAUAAUAAUAAUGUAGCAUACAUAAUCUAAAAGCCACAAUUAAAAGUUUAGGAAUAACAAAGUCAUCAAUCUCAUCCAUUCUAUGGCUGAUGAAUUUUAGAAGAAUCGAAGUAUGCCUUAAAUUACACCGACUCUUCAUUCCAAUUCUGAUAGAUGUGGUUAUAUCUCUUCCAUCUAGGAGGAUAGCGUUGAACAUUAAGACAGCACUUAGUCAGAACCACAUACUAUUAAGAAGACUAAGUUGAAUGAAGAUGUCAACGCUUUCAACAAGAUGGGCAACUCGUAAAAUAAUAUUUUUCUAUUUUUUAGUCUUGUACAUAGCUCUAACUAAUCAUUCAACGAUAAAUACGGAAAGUAGUAUCUUUGAUGAGAGGAUUAUGAGCAGCA